UCCAAAAUGGCGUUGGUCUGCUGCAAGCGUUUGUGAUUUUCUGCAAAUAUUCUGUGUUAAUUUUGUUGUAGAACAUAAAAACAAUGGCCGGUUUUACCGAAAAUGCGUUAAUACGUAAAUUGCAAGAGCUGAAUUCGAGUCAGCAAAGUAUUCAGACUUUAUCUUUAUGGUUAAUUCAUCACAGGAAGCACCAUGCCGCUGUCGUAAAAACUUGGUAUAAAGAAUUAUUAAAAGUUAAAGAUGGGAAGCAGUUGACAUUUAUGUAUUUAGCCAAUGAUGUUAUUCAAAAUAGUAAAAAGAAAGGUCCUGAAUAUGGCAAGGAGUUUGGGGAAGUUCUCGAAGAUGCUCUGAAGCAUAUGGCAAAGACUGGAAUUAACACUAAGACAAAACAUUCUUUGCAUAGGAUAUUAAAUAUAUGGCAAGAGAGAGGUGUAUAUGAUGCUCAGAAAAUACAGGAACUCAAAGUGGCUGUGGAUCCAAAUGACGCUGAGCCUAUAAAGGCAAACAAACGAAAAUCUGUAGACGGGGAACCAAAGGAUCCGGAGAAGAAGGCAAAAUUAGAUUCUAAGAAAAAUGACAAGCGGGAGAGACGCCGUAGUGAGACUAAAGUAGAAGUAGAUGGACAGAUUGAGACACACACCACACUUAGCCCAAAGACUCCACCCGGAGACCCUCCGGAACCAGAUGAGUUGAUUAAGGCGCUCCUAGAGUUAGAAUCAAGUGCUUCCAGCGACGAAGCGGUCCGCGAGAGAAUCGCCUCCCUGCCCCCCGAAGUCUCUGAAGUGCAAUUAUUGUCUAAGUUAGAAGAUAAAGAAUCGGCGCUCGCCCUCAGCGCCAUAGUCAACUCCGCGGUAGAGCUGCUGGCCUCGUACAACCUGCGGCUGACGGAGGAACUGGAGAAGAGACGGAAGGUGGCCGCCAUGUUGCGGGACUUCGCGCAGGCGCAGAAGGACCUCGCUAAGCAGGCCGAGGCGCGCCUCGAGAGUUCUGCAUCGAAGACCGCGACAGAUUCGGUGGAUUCACAAUCAACAGAUGUGCCUUUGGUGGCAGACCGUUGGACGAACAACAUAAAUUACCGUCAACUAGUCGUCUCAUCAUGCGUAGGCAUCCUUCAACUGUGGUGGCACCCAUACCUCUUCGACCUGAGGAAGCUACUGCCCUUCGUGUUUCUGUACAACGUGUUCAGCGUCGUGAUUGGCUACCCGAUGUUUUAUUUGGAGCUGGGGAUCGGAGUGGUGACUAAGAAGGGGGUUAUGAGCUCUUGGGACUUGUCGCCUGUUGCUAGGGGUGUGGGCUGCUCAAUGCUGCUGACCUGCGCAGCAACAGCGCUCGCUCUCGGUGCAGUCAGCGCCUGGUGCCUAGCGCAGCUGGUACACUCAGCGCACUCGUUCCUGCCGUGGCUUCACUGCGCGGCCGCUGCAGUCCCGCCGUGUGCGGCGCGACACCGCUCACUGACCGCCGGCAGUGAGACACCGGCGCACUCCUUCUUCUUUAAUUUCGUGUUGAAACUGAGUCGAGACGGGCUAAAGUGCGGUCUCGGUAAGAUUGUGUGGGAGCUCACCGUCUACUACAUCAUCUGCUGGGUGCUCAUCUACUUGAUUGCUGUCAAGAGAGUUUACAGCUAUUCUAAGUUGGUAUUAUUUAAAGAUACGCUGGCGUUUUUCGUCUUGAUUUGCUCUGCGAUUGGCUGCCUCAACCUCGAUGGAGCUGGCAAUAUGUUCCAAUACUGUGAUUGGGGCGUGCUCUCCGAAGGAACACAGAUUUGGAGAGAAGCGAUAGAAUACUCUCUUAUCGAAAUGGCAGUCGGUCAAGGCACGCUAGUCAUGCUAGGGUCAUACUGCCCUCAACAGCAGCACAAGCUGUCUACAACCGCAUUACUUACGUUCCUAGCGGCUAAGGUCGGCUGUAUGACCAGCGCCUUAAUACUGGGAGCUACGCAUGGAGCGUUGAUGAAGGAUUAUGAAGUUAAUAGCACUCAUUUGUGGAGUGGCCCGUCUACUCCAAUGAUCCUGUGGGCAGACUUCGCGGCUCGUAUACCAGGCAGCCAGUUUUGGUCGGCCGUCAUUUUCUUCACGCUAUUUGUUCUCUCACUUUCUUUUGUGGCCUUAUUGGUGCAGACAAUAAUGUCUGCCUUCAUGAGCCACACCAUGCGUAAGAUCUCGUGGGCUCUGCUCAUCGCCAUCUGUAUCCUGUUCUGCUUCAUCGGAGUGAUGACUCUGUGUACACAGGGUGGGCUUUACGUGGUGACCUUCCUAAUGGACUGGCCAGUGACGCGGACGCGUACCGCCAUAGCGGGCAUAAUGGCGGCGUCCGUGAGCUACGCGUACGGCCAGACUGUCUUCUGCGAAGAUAUGUUCUUUGCCGUCGGCGAAUAUCCUGGCGUGUUCGUCAGGAUUUGCUGGGCGGCUGCACCGUUUAUACUCAUGAUGGCGUUCCUAUCGGGUUUGGCGGAGCCAUCGCAGUACGCCGCAGCGGGCUGGACGCUGGUCAUGUUCAUGCUGGCACCCAUCGCUUUUGUCGCUCUUAUUUAUCUAAUAUUCAAGUGCAGAGUUAGGAACAUCGUAAGCGAGAAAUGAACCGAAGAUGAAAAGACACGGAGCGGUCGUUGGAUUUACAUUUGCUGUGGCUUAAAUACCUAUUUUAUGACUCAAAUGUUUUAAAAGCCUAGCCUAUUAUUAAAGA